CUUGCCUUGCCUGACAUUUCACGGCCCAAACGCAAUAGAUACUCCCCGACAAAGCCAACCCCCUCGCUCGCAUCGUGCAACUUCCUUAAACCUCCAAGAUUCCACCAACAAUUAAAAUCAAAUCCCACCUCAAAUUACACAUAUAAACUCAUCACACAAAUAGGCCAUGCUCUCUGCUGCUAUACUCCCUCUUUCAAAACCUCCAAUCAUUUGAGCUUAUUGGUCACGCACCUUUCUCCUUUCCAGUCUCCCAAGUCUUCCUUCCCUGCGUGGCGCCAUCCUAUCCUUCUCUCGUUUUGAUCACCACCCUUCUGUGUUUCCUCCGUAUUUGUUGGCGCAAUUCAAGCUCUCAGGGAUCCAAAGUCUUCUCUAAUCUUCACCAAUUCGGCAGCUUCCAACCUUCAGACUCACAUGGUACGUUAUACUUUUUCAUGAGCCAAGCAAAACGAUAUCAAUCCGAGAUCUUAGUUUAGAUUCUUGAUACACAGUCUCUGUUUAGGGAAAAAAACCCACCCAUGUGCUAAAAGUAGAUUUGGGGCACUCUAGUAUUAGUUUCAGAUCUAUCCCCAGUUCAUUUCUACUUGCGAUGCGAAAACUAAAAGAUUCCAGAUUCCAACUUAGUUGAGUUCGAGUCAACUUUACCGUUAGUGAUGCAAGAUUCAAUUUUGAGCUACACCAAAGUCAAUAAUAGGUGUGCAUAGUUUUGAGAAUUGGAGUUACUUUGUAGAAAUCAGUUGGUUUCUGGUGUAUAUUUUGUGUUUCAAUUCAAGAUGCAAUCAAGGGUUGUGCCAUUAGAGGAAGGCAAGGACCCGGGAGUUAGUACUAGCAGGACGAACCAAACCAAGGCGUUGUUGCCGAUUCGGAUGCUUCAGUUAUUUGUGCUGUUUCUGGCUUUCUGUAUCACUUUCUCAGUGAUUAGUAUAUACACCAUUCGGCAUUUUGGGAUUAGUAACGUGAUGACUUCAGUCACGUCCUCUGUCCAGCCAUGUUUUGAGGAACCAACUGGUUUGGAUAGAUGGAUUAAGCCGCCAUCGAAUUUGAUGCACACUAUGAAUGACGACGAACUGUUGUGGAGGGCUUCUUUGUCGUCUAGGAGAAAGAAGUAUCCUUUUGAGAGAGUUCCGAAGAUUGCGCUUAUGUUCUUGACUAAGGGGCCUUUGCCUCUGGCACCAAUUUGGGAGAGGUUUCUGAAGGGGCAUGAAGGAUUUUAUUCAGUCUAUGUUCAUUCACUGCCAUCAUUUCAGCCUCAUUUUCCACCUUCCUCGGUUUUUCAUGGGAGACAUAUUCCUAGCCAGGUUGCCGAAUGGGGAAGGAUGAGUAUGUGUGAUGCUGAGAGGAGACUUCUUGCUAAUGCAUUGCUUGACAUAUCCAACGAAUGGUUCAUUCUUCUUUCUGAAUCAUGCAUUCCUCUCUAUAACUUCAGCGUCAUUUACCAGUACAUGAGGAAGUCCAAGCACAGCUACAUGGGUGCGUUUGAUGACCACGGCCCGUAUGGCAGAGGACGCUACAAUGAUAACAUGGCUCCUGAAGUGAAGAUUACCCAGUGGCGUAAGGGAUCCCAGUGGUUUGAAGUUAACCGGAAGCUUGCCGUCGCCAUCGUUGAAGAUACAACAUUUUACCCAAAAUUCAAAGAGUUCUGCAGACCAGCAUGUUAUGUUGAUGAGCACUACUUCCCCACCAUGCUAACCAUUCAAGCAGGGAAUAUGCUAGCAAACAGAAGCAUCACUUGGGUGGAUUGGUCAAGGGGCGGACCUCACCCGGCCACCUUUGGCAGAGGAGAUAUCACCGAGGAAUUCAUGAAGCGGAUGCUCUCAAGUCAUCGUUGCACUUACAACAACCGAAACUCUACAAUGUGCUUUCUAUUUGCAAGAAAAUUUGCUCCCAGUGCCUUGGAACCUCUCUUACAGUUAGCACCAAAGUUUUUGGGAUUCUGACAUAUAUAUCCACAGCCAAACCACCAUCGAUCUCCAGCCCAGGAUAAAGAAGCUCACUUUGAAAAAUUUACCCUCUCCUGUGAUAUUUACUAGUUGGGUUUCACUUUCAUACGCAUAUAUAUACCUUUGGCAAAUUUCACUGUCCAGAACAGUAUUAUAUGUACACAGAAGUAGCACCCAAUUACAUUUUUGCACUGAAUUUAGAAUAAUAUACAUCAUUUUUGUGUGUGA